AGUUCUCAUAAAAAAAAAUAAAAAAAUUGAUGGUUAUCUAACCUUCUUGCUUAAAAAAAAAAAAAGAUUAGCUAACCUUCAACCCCAUCUUUUACUUUUGUGUCAAAAACAAAAAACCUUAAACCCCAUAUCUCCGCGGUGGUAACUGGUAAAAGAAGAUACAUAUUCAGACAAAAAUGGCUGUAGCGAUUCAAAGUCUAUCAUGUGCUCGUUUCGUCACUUUCGGAGGAAACCGAUCUUUUCCUUUGCAACCAAAACCUCUUCCCUUCUCCAUCACUCUUUCUUCAAACUCUCCGAAUCUCAUUGUCACCGCCUCUUCCAAAAACAAAAACAAAAACAAAAAGAAAAAUUCUUCUCAUUUCACCCCCUCUUCCAAAAACAAAAACAACAACACCAACAAUAACACCACUGCCAACAACAGCAACAACAAGGAAAAAACACCUCAUGUUACUAAGGGGAAUGAUAAAGAGGAGGAUGCAUUGGAGAUGCUCUUCAAGAAACUCGAAAAAGUUCUCAAAACCGAUGAUUUUUCAAAAGAUCAUAGCGGUGAUGAUCAUGUAACUGACGAAGAUCUUGCUUUGUUUGAACGUGAAUUAAAUGGUGUGUUGGGUGAAUUAGGAGGUGUACUGGGUGGAUUUGAUUCUGAAUUGUUGAACUCAGAUACCGGUGAAACACAAGCUGAUAAUGAUGCAGAAAAAAACAGUGGUGAUAGAAAUGAGAACUCACUGUUUCGACGUGAAUUAGAUGGCAUGUUGGGUGAAUUUGAAGGUUUGUUGGGUGAAUUAGAAGGUGCGUUGGAUGAAUUUGAUGCUGUGAACUCAGAUACCAACGAAACACAGGUUGUUAAUGAUGCCAAAAAAAGUAGUAGUGAUGGAAAUGAGAACUCACCAAAGCUUAGAAUUUCGAAAUUGAAUAAAUUGGUUAGAGCUUUGAAAACUAGACGCGGCAAAACAAGUAAAAAUUUGUCUCAUGUUACCGAGGGGAAUGAUGAAAAGGAGGAUGCAUUUGAGAUGCUCUUCAAGAAACUCGAAGAAGCUCUCAAAAACGAUGAUUUACCAAAAGAUGAUAGCGGUGAUGAUGAUAUAACUGAAGAAGAAAUUGCUUUGUUUGAAGAAAAGUUAGAAGGUGUGUUGGGUGAUUUCGGUGCUGAAUUGUUAAACUCCGAUAGCAGUGAAACACAUGCUGAUAAUGAUGCUGAAAAAAACAGUGGUGAUGGAUAUGAAAAUUCGAAGCUUAGAACUUUGCUUUCAUCAAUUUCAUUUUCUCUUUUUGGGGAAUGUAUUUGACUAGUUUCUUUCAAAGAGCUAAACAUUACAUGCCAUUAUGAACCAUACAGAUGUAUGCUAAGGGCUGUGCAAUGGUAUGCAAUUCCCAUACUUUUGAUUUACUUAUAUGUUACCAGGAAUCAGGUACUGAUCAAAA